AUGGAUGCUGAGACCUACUAUUGCUUUACAAUCUUUUACCGGGUAUUUGGGAUAAUAAACUUGCUUUUGAAUACUUAUAUCACAAUUAAAAUUGCAAGGGCGACAGUGUUGCAUGUAAACUUUAGGAUUGUUGUGGUAAGUAAGCUUUAUUAGCACCAUAAGAGGUCUUAUCUUAUGCAUAAAAUUUCUUUUUACAGUGUAUUACGAUUAUUACCUUGGAAAUGAUGCAUAUAUCUUACGUUCUCGGGCAUUAUUACAAUUCCGUUACCCUGCAAAUGACCGAACGUUACUAUGCAAACAUUGGAUGUGCCAUCUUUGCUUUAUUGAAUAACAUAUCAUCAGCCAGUGGCACAAUCAGCAUGUUUAUGCUGGCUCUAGAAAGACAUAUUGCUCAUAAAUAUGUGAACUUAUACGAGGAUAAGCCCAAUACUUUGGGAUGUGUUUUGGUUAUAAUUGUUGUAAGUAGCGAUUGAUCUUGUAGAUCAUACAAAUAGCUGUCUAAUUUUAACACCUUUUGGAGUCUAAAUUUAUAACUUUCUUUAGGCAGUUCAAAGUGCAUUUAUUGGGAUCGUAUCUUGGUGGUUUUUUCUCUUUCAUUUGGACGAAUUCAACCUAGAAACUUCGAGGAUCAGCUGUAUCACAACUGAUUUGCACUGGGAAUGGGGAGUUUGUGGGUUCUCUUUAGCCGCCAUUAUGUGUGUUUUUGGCGCUAUGGUAAGCAUUAUAAGCAUAUUUUUACCAUUGACUUCAAAAUGAUUUUUUAUGAACCUGAUAAUCCGUAGCAAAAACUACUCGAAAUAAAACAUUAAAGGAAAUAGUUUGUGGCUUAUGCCUGGCACAUUUUAUACUCAUAAUGAGCAUAUAUUUCAGUGGCUUGUCUUCCUCAAAUCCACGACCCAUCGUCAUCGAAUGUCGCGCGUGGCUUUGAGCAGUCUUAGCGCCCGAUUCCAAGCCACCGAGAACUCGUACACAACUGCGUCCAUUGCUCCAUCCAUGAUCUUCUUCGCAAUAGGCAGUAUUAUUGGCAUUUGCAUCUGUCUAUCGCGAGGAAAGGCGAUCCAACAGUACGGACAAAACUCGAUUUUAUCAAAAUUUUUGGCUGAUGUAAGCAAAAUUGCUUUUUAAUAUAAAAGUUCCACGUUUUAGGUGGCGUUUAUGGUGGUGGAUGUGUACGCGCUGAUUCAUUUGGCCUGUCUUUUACUUUACAAUCCAAUGAUUCGUAACAUUGUGAAAAGGGACCUCGAAAGGAUCGCUUGUUUGGGGAUUUCAACGCCCCCUCAGGCAUUUAAGGCUGACUAUCAAGUGGAAACCGAAGUGUAUUUUAACCAAUUCAGGACAGCAUGGGCGAAGGAGAAGGGUAAAACACCUGUUAUUUGUUGA